CUUCUGGUGCGUAGGUGUGCUCUCCAUCCUGCUGCUCGGCGUCCCGGGAUUGCUCAUUACAGACUGGAGGUGCCUUCUCUACCAAGCACUCAGGGCUUCUGUGGUACCAAGAAGAUGCAAGGCUUAUGGAAAGGUGGUCUGCUGCUAAUAACACUCUACUUUGCUUCCUAUCAAGCAACUGCCAACCCGCUGUCAUUGAAGAAAGAAUGUUCAGAAGGCCCAGAGAAAUGGUGUCAAGACUACCCAACAGCUCUAAAGUGCGGGGCUUUAGAAUAUUGCCAGCAGAUGAUGGGGCUUCACAACCCCGUGAAGAACUUCAAAUGUGCUAUUUGUAAAUUCACUGUAGUGAUGAUGGCAAAGAUUGUACAAGACAACACUACUGAUGAAACACUAUGUAAUUUUUUGGAGAAAGGAUGCCAAUACCUUCCCUUUCAUGACUGGUCAAUGAAAUGCAAGAAGAUGGUGGACACUGGAGUCAUCAUUCUUGUAGAACUUGGAAAACAAGCACAGACUAAACCUGAUAUUGUGUGUGGUGCCUUCAAACUGUGCAAUCAUGAAGCAACCACUGAAGGAGCCCUGAAGUUUGAGAGCUCCGACAGAAAGACAAGAAUGACAGACUUCCCUGAAAUGUUGACUCCGUUCAUGGCAAACGUGCCUCUUCUCCUCUUCCCGCAAGAUGAGGACCAACCUGGAACUCUGAAAGAAGACACCUGUCAAGAGUGCACACAAACGAUUGCUGAGCUGCAAGAAGAUGUGCAGAAAAGCCCCUUCCUCAUUCAGACUUUAACUGCUUACGCCAAACAGCAAUGUGAACAUUUGAGGCCGGAUUUGACAGAUGAGUGCAAGAAGUAUGCCUUUGAAUAUGCCCACGCAUUCGUGCAACUGCUGAUCGACCUCUUGGACCGGCCCCCAAAGAGCAUUUGUGAGGAAAUCAGAUUCUGUGACUCUACCCAAGCUGAGCCUUCCCCUACUUUGCCUGCCAGCCACCCUCCCGUCUUGCAAGCACCAGACACCAUAGAGAAAAACUCAAAUGGAGAAAAUUCCUACGUGCUUUGUGAUGUGUGUAAGGAAAUGAUACGGGUAGCAGAGAAGAUGGUGGAGAACAACGCCACAGAAAUGGCAAUCGUGCAUCAAAUGGAAAAUGUCUGCUAUGUGUUUCCCCACGAUAUGUUCGCUGAGUGCAAGGAUUUUGUUCACUCCUAUGGACAGGCUGUUGUUGUUAUGCUUUUGGAUGCAACUAAACCAGAAUCUGUGUGCAUCAUGCUCAGAUGUUGCCACAAAGGCAAUUCCUUAAGCACUGGUAGUGCUGUAACUGAGACAGCAGCUCUGGAGCAAGUACGAAAAGACAAUGAGGGUAAAAUGUGCCAUAUGUGUACAUUUGUCAUUCAAUACUUUGAUGAUGAGCUGGAGAAGAAUUCAACACAGGCGCAAAUUAGUACCAUGCUUACUAAGAGCUGCCACUUACUGCCAGAAGCUUUGGUCUAUAUAUGUGAUGAACUUGUGUUGCAGUAUGAACCGGCUGCUGUCCAACUCCUGAUACAGGUCAUGCAACCAACAUAUGUGUGUGCUAAAAUCGGAGCCUGUCCAUCAUCUCACCUUCUGGGCCUAGAAGCUUGUUCCUGGGGUCCUAGCUACUGGUGCAAGAAUGCAGAGACUGCAACGCAGUGCAGGGCCACUGAGUACUGUAAGAACCAUUCAUGGAACUAGAGAAAUUCUUUCCAAAAGGCUGAAUGGUGGCUAUGGUUUCAGUGAAAGGAAAUUGGAAAUUUGGCUGGGAGGGAAACAAGAAAAUGUCUAGAUCUUGGUGGUACCCAUCUUUUCCCUCCACCUUUAGCUUUGCUUGUGCUAUGGAUGCCUAUUGUGUAUCUGAAGCAUAGGAAAGAACGAGAUUGUCUCCUUGUUCAUAAUGUUCUGAAUCACCAUGCAUUUUAUCUUUUGAACCAGUUUGGAAAAGGGACAUGGGAGGGGAAAAAGAAGUUGGGUGUGGGAUUGAUCUGAGUAGGUAACAAAAUGGGUUUUAUUAUAAUAGUAAUACAUUACCUUAUGUUAGUAAAGUAAUGGCAGAAUCCAUCCGUCAUCAGCCAUCGUCAUCGGACUCAUCAUCCAAACAGGCUGCCUAAGCUGGGAAUGUGAUGUUUCUAAUCCUUCUGCCCAUCGUCGCUUGAAAGUGAAUGUUUUUGUCCUUGUUUUGUGGGAGAUGGUCUAGGAUUUUUGUUAUAUAAUUUGGUCACAAAUUCAGCAGAUGUAAAAUGAGAGCAACAUUGCUGAGAAAACUGAUUGCCAUGUAUGUUGUCAAGCCGGCCCUUUAAAAGGCUUUUUGACAUAUCUACAUUAAACAUUUAAACUAUU